AUGCAAUCGAUGCUCAACACCGUCGUAACCCUCCUACAGUCGAAAAAGCACAACCCCAAACACCCCACCUCAAUCAUUGUUGCUGCAGCUGCUCUGAUUCCCUUCCGAAUCGUUGUUAUCGAUGACGAGAAAGAAACCACGAUGAGACUCGUCGGGGAGCAGCCUAGCCACCUCCUUCAGUUAUUCAUUGCAUCUUCCCCUUUUCACACCUUUCCUUACCGAAGUUGUUGUCGAGGCAAUGGGCGAAUAGGUGGUGACGAAGACGAAGAUUUUCAAAACAAAAUCAGAGCUGAUAACCCUCCCCUUUCUUCUCUGUUUACCUAG